AUGUCUUCACCCUCAACUUCAUCAUCUUCUUCAUCCCAAGAUGGAAACCACAGUGCCAAUGCAGCUGGCCCUAGCAAUGUACCAAGAAGUGGUGAUUUUGAAGGCCCAUCCUCAUCCAGACGACGUGCCGUAAACGAGGUCUGGCCUGAGCCUUUUGUGGAAGCCCUCGCUACCCAAGUUGCCAUUGAUGCCUCUCGCUCCAUGGGAAGGCUUGCUGCAGCUCCUGCUCUUGCCAAUGUGUUUCAGGUCCGUUUUCUAAUCAAAUUGAAUAAUCAUAACUCUACUCAAACUCAUGUUAUUCCUCUGCUUAAUUAA